AUGAAUCUGAAUGGCUCUAUCAACAAGUACAAGGCAAGACUGGUUGCAAAAGGAUACAAGCAAAAGGAAAGAGAAGAUUUUACAGAGUGUGGAUUCCAAAAAUGUCCAUAUGAGUAUACUCUCUACAUCAAAGGCAAUUCUAAAGGAAGAUUCAUGGUUGUAAGUCUCUACGUUGAUGAUGUUAUUUUCACAGGAAAUGAUGUGAAAAUGUUGAAAGAAUUUCAGCACUCAAUGAUGGCAGAAUUUGAGAUGACAGAUUUGGGAGAACUUCAUCAUUUUCUUGGCAUUGAAGUUCAUCAAUCCGAGAAAGGAAUUUUUAUUUCACAAGAGAGCUACGCAAAAGAAGUUCUAAAAAAGUUCAAGAUUGAAAAUGCCAAUCCAGUUUCUACUCCAUGCAUCACAUGUCUAAAGCUAUCUAAAGAGGGAGAAGGAAAGCUUGUCAAUUCCACCAUAUUCAGAAGUUUGGUUGGGAAGUUAAUGUAUCUGACUUCGACAAGGCCUGACAUCGUGUAUGUUGUUAGCUUGCAGGAAGCAUUGAUGAUAGCAGAAGCACUUCUGGUUAUGUUUUUCACCUUGGUAGCGGUGCAAUUUCAUGGAGCUCAAAGAAACAAUCAGUUGUGGCGCUUUCGACUACAGAAGCUGAAUAUAUCGCUGCAUCUUAUGCAGGAUGUCAAUUGA